AUGAAUCAAGCUGCGGGCGCAAAGCAAAUAGUUCUAUGCUUUGACGGCACAGGUUACGAAUUUCGUGGGGACGACACAGAUAGCAAUGUCCUCAAAAUAUACCGAAUGCUUGAUCGCAAUGACAAAAACCAUCUGCAUUAUUAUCAACCUGGCAUCGGGAUGAAUACUGGCUUUAUUUUUCGACCCCACGAAGUCAAAACCAAUGCCAAUCCUAUGACGAGAUGGUAUACAAAAGCAAAAGAUGCCGCCUUCGGCUCUACUUUCGAAGAACAUGUCAUGGGUGGGUAUAGAUAUCUCAUGCGCUCUUACACCCCUGGAGACAGCAUCUACUUCAUUGGCUUUAGUCGUGGCGCAUAUGUUGCCCGCUUACUUGCUGAAAUGCUGGACCACAUUGGCUUAUUAGAGGCAGGAAAUGAAGGGAAAACCCGUUUCCUCUGGUCCGUCUUUUCCAAGUGGGCACAAUGCAAUUAUAGCAGGGAAACUAGCCAGGAAGAGAAAGAUGAUGUUUUCCAGUACAUGAAGGCAUUGCGAGAGACAUUCUGUCGCCCUGUAACGCAAAUCGACUUUCUGGGUUUAUUUGACACCGUCAACAGCGUACCGCACUUCGAGAUGAAUCGCAACAGAUUUUUAUACCCUUAUUCGACGAAAACUACUGCCAAGACUAUCCGUCAUGCGGUUAGUAUUGACGAGCAUCGCGCUAAGUUUCGACAAGAUUUGUUGGCAAAUUCCAAUCCGAUUUCUGCUCGAGCAGCUCGAUCGAGAUUGCAUAGCCGUCAGGCCCGACAUCUACGAUCCGCCAGUCGCCAAGACAGCUUAUUUGACCAGGUUUCUGCGACUCAAGAUCCUAGACCCACACUGAAGGUUCCUUCUCAGCAGAGCCUGUUCCUACAAAAUAGGUUUUAUCGGCCUGCACUUCGUUCCCAUCGCCAGUCAACGAAUGAACAAGAGACCUCGUGGCCGGAACUAAUGCUCGAGGCUAGCUCUUGUGGAGAGUACAGAGAUAAAAGCCAGAGCAUUGAAGAAGUAUGGUUUCCUGGAUGUCACGCGGAUAUUGGCGGUGGGUUAAGAUACAGCAAAAAGGAAGACUGGGCGCUUAGCCAUGUUCCAUUAGUAUGGAUGGUCACUGAAGCGCAACGAGCGGGGCUCCAUUUUGAUGCCGAAAAGCUGAAACAAUUCUGGUGCUUAGAUGAGUCAAUUGAUGGUAACGCUCAACAAUUCUCACGGAAUAGGGCUGUCCAUGAGGGAAAAAAUCAAAAUAAGGAAAAUAGCGGAAAGACGGAUGAAAGGUCUGACUUUGAAUACGCGCUUUGGAAGGCAAGCACGCAUGGUGAAAUACAUGAUUUUCUGCAAUAUCAUCAUGGUGCCAAAUGGCCUGUUAUUUUAUCGUGGAAGAUGAUCGAAUAUCUUCCGCUCCGAAGAAUGCUCUUGCAAAAGGACCAAUCUUGGAGAGUGAUCCGAUGGCCUCUGCCUCUUGGGGAAAGACGCGAUAUUCCUGAGGAUGCUACAAUACAUGUUUCUGCCCUUCGCCGUUUGAAGGUCAACUCCAAUUAUCGACCGAAAAACCUGAUUCGGGGAGGGAGAGAAGGGAAACGAAAGGAGAAAGGUUCUGCUUUAGGCCAUGAGAUCGAGGAGUGGGAAGUGUACGCUCAUCGUGGCUGCCCCGUGCGGGAGACAUAUCGUCGCGGCAAAAUGAAGACGAUAUUCGACCUCUGA